GUUCCAUUCUCGUCGGGUUAAGGAAGACAGACGGCAGCUCGUGUCUGGUGACAUAGGAGGAGCAUCUAUAAAGAGUUGAACAAUCCUCUCUGCUUUUGUCAUAUCACAACAUCGAAACAACACUUCCCAACAACACUCACCAUUCCUCUCGACCGACCCCGCUCACAGACUCCCACAGCAUCCCAUCAACAAUGGUCAACUUCCUCACCCUCUCCUUCGCCGCGGUGGCAUGUCUCACCCCCAUCGCCGGCGCUGUUCCCACCACCGCCCGCGAUGUGGCGGCCGGAGCCCCUGAGCCCUUCUCCUUCGCCAAAUGGGUAGACGAGAUCAUCGCCAACCCCGAAAAAGCCGCCACUCCUCAGCAGGCUCUUGACGCUUAUUACGCCUAUGUCAACAGCAGCACCUCCAGCGACCAUGUUUUCCCUGAAACAGCCUCCAAGAUGCGCAAGCGACUCACCUGCAACCAGCUCUAUGGGGGAGAAGCACCGAUCCCCGACGCAGUCGAAUGCAUCAACUACCUCGCCCGCCUCAACACGAAGAAGUGCGAGGUCUACAAGGGCUCGGACCACGUCUCGUUCUGGACACACGGCAAUGCCGAGAUGAUUGGCAUCAGGCCGGAUUACAAUAGUGCUUCGACGAUUUGCAACAACGUCGCCCGCGCUGGCGGUAAAGUCAUGGACGCCUGCUCCCGAGCAGACAACACGGUGCAAGGUCAGGAUACGACGCCGGAUAAUGCGAGUAUUGCUGUGCACAUCAUCAAGAAGGGUCGGGGACCUAAAUGA